AUGGCUGAACCCCCAGUUUUUUUCAUCACGGUAAAAGGUUCAGCCUCAAACAUACGCGAGUACAUGAAGUACAGCAUCCAUUCGAUCUUGUUUCUACGGGGCGUACAUCCGGGCAGCGACUUCGUAACGGAGAUUUACAACGGGGUACCAUUUAUGGUUUCACGCAAUGCAGGCAAUCAUUUCAUCGACGAGGAUCUAAGCUACAUCCAAGAUGCAAUAAUGGAUCCUUUCCAUCACGCAUCACGUAACAUCACGUAUGUGUUUAGCCUCGAAACGAUGGCGAGGGAUGCAGAAUUAGAGCGGUGGGAAUUCCAAAUUAUGCCCCAGUUCGAUGACAAUGCCGGUGAGGGCAAAGAGAAUCCAUCCACUUCCACAAUAUCGGAAGAUCAGAUACAGAUAGAGAUACUGGACAUUAUGCGACAGAUUCUUGAGGUGGUCACUGAAACUUCUAAUUAA